GUCAGAGUUUUCCCAUUCGCCCACAACAGCAACGUGUGGUCUUGUCAGCAACAUCCAGGGCGUGCGAUGACCUGGCAGCUUGCUUAUCUGGUGGUGGCCGUCCCUCUUAGCCAUGCGAGCAGUUCUCCACAAAAAGCCACAGCUGCUGUUGAUGAUCUUACAGUCAUCGCAUCAUCAUGGCACAACACCCAACCCACCAGGGGCAUGCGCGAUAGAUGCUGGCCCCACGUGGAGUGUUUGUGCGCCGUCCUGCAACUUGUUGUGGCCGCUGCUGUCCUGGUGUCCAACGUGAUCCGCUCUGCACAACAUGGAAGAUAGUUUUGGUGUAAUCAGAGCUGGCAUUCGUGGGAUGCCCGCGCCAACGCGCAUUCCAGCAGGCCCAGGUCUUUCAAUCUACGCCCGUCGCGCAACGCCGGUGGAAUGUUCCUGCGGUCCAGCAAGGCAGCACAGAAAAUUUGCGACAUGACUUGGAGUCUGUUCUGGAAGUCAACAGAAACGAGGCCCGAGGCCGCCUCUGGUACAAUAAUGAUCUGGCCUGAUCAAAAUAUGUUGUGGCUUAUUGUUGUGCUGCGGCAGAGGUCCCAGAGGAUCCUUGGAAAUGUAGUUUUCACCCCCGUCAAUUACCUAGCCAUGACGGAAUUGCAACGAGGAUCUGGCCUCCC